AUGAGAUUUUCGCACUUCUUGAAGUACAACGCUGUCCCAGAAUGGCAGAACCAUUAUAUGGAUUACAGCGAUCUGAAAAAUCUCAUUUAUACGUUACAGACAGAUGAGCUUCAGGUUGGCGAUAACGAAGAGGGAAUUGGCGCAGGAAAGAGCUCUAACAUUACAGACAGGUUCAAGAACAAGUUUUCCUUUAAAAAUGUAAAGGAAGACACGUCUUCUGGUAUGAACAAAGAUGCGGGCAUCGUUGAAGAAACCAUCGAGUUGCGGGAAUUGCCUACUGCUCAGACGGUCGCUGCCAAACCUUCACCCUUCAGAAAAAUGAAGGAAAAGAUAUUUUAUAAAAGAAGAUCCUCUUCCGCAUCGUCCGUCUCUUCCACGGCUAACGAGAAUCCGCAAUUGAACACUUAUGACACGUUCGUUGGUGAUUUGACGGCUGAAAAACUGAAAGUAGAUGAUUUUUAUAAGAGGACAGAAACGAAGUUCUACGAAAAAUUUGAUGCUUUGGUGAAAGACUUGAAGAAAAUCGGGGUGAUAGAAUACGAUAUCGACGAUGAUACUCUUUUCAACGAACCGAUUGCUAGCACAAAUGACGAAGUUCCUCCACUGGACUUGGAUGAUGACGAGGACGACGACGAAUUCUACGAUGAUCAAUCUAAUAUUGAAGAUAAUACCGCUUUGUUGCAUCAUUCGCAAUAUAAUAUCAAGUCUCAGAAAAAAUCACUGUUGAAGAAGUCGAUCGUGAACCUAUAUAUCGACCUUUGCCAAUUGAAAUCGUUCAUCGAAUUGAACCGCAUUGGGUUUGCCAAAAUCACGAAGAAAUCAGACAAGGUUCUUCAUUUGAAUACGAGAGCCGAAUUGAUCGAAUCGGAACAGUUUUUCAAGGACACAUAUGCAUUCCAGGCAGAAACAAUCGAAACAUUAAAUUUCAAGAUUUCUCAACUGGUGACUUUCUAUGCGCGCAUCACUGACCAGCCUCAUAACAUCUCGCAUAGCAAACAAGAGUUGAAAUCCUAUCUGCAUGAUCACAUUGUCUGGGAAAGAAGUAACACUUGGAAAGACAUGUUAGGGCUGCUAUCGCAAGCAGACGAGUUAACGCCAAAGGAAACAGAAUAUAAUGCAAACAAAUUGGUAGGCAAGCUAGAUCUGGAAUAUUACAGAUGGCCACUACCCAGGCGGAUAAACUUAAAAUUCACUAGCAUAAACAACGUUGCGAUACCGAAGUUAUUUUUCACUAAGAAAGCAUACAAGAUUUACUUUAUUAUCUUAGUCACAGGGCUUCUUUUGGGAAUUAAGACCUUCAACGACGCUGCUCAGCACCGCUGCAUGGCCCUUGUCGAGUGUGUCGCGUUUCUGUGGGCUAGCGAGGCCAUCCCAUUACACAUUACAGCAUUUCUUGUGCCUCUACUUGUGGUUCUUUUCAAAGUCCUGAAGACGUCCGACGGCGCCAUAAUGGGUGCUGCAAGUGCUUCAUCAGAAAUUUUGGCCGCCAUGUGGUCUUCUACGAUUAUGAUUCUGCUGGCAGGUUUUACUUUGGGUGAAGUUCUUGCACAAUAUAACAUCGCCAAAGUUCUUGCCUCGUGGUUGUUGGCGUUUGCCGGUUGUAAACCUAGAAACGUCCUCUUAAUGGCAAUGUGUGUGGUGUUUUUCCUAUCAAUGUGGAUAUCCAACGUCGCAGCACCUGUUCUGACAUAUUCGUUGUUAUCGCCCCUAUUGGAUGUCAUGGAUGCGGAUAGUCCAUUCGCCCAGGCAUUGGUGCUAGGUGUAGCAUUGGCUGCUAAUAUUGGUGGUAUGUCUUCACCAAUUUCCUCCCCUCAAAACAUCAUUUCCAUGUCGUACUUGAAACCGUAUGGUAUUGGCUGGGGACAAUUCUUUGCUGUUGCAUUGCCAUCCGGUAUCUUGGCCAUGCUUUUGGUUUGGAUUUUAUUGUUCACUACUUUCAAAAUGAAUAAGACGAAAUUGGAAAAAUUUAAGCCUAUUAAGACAAGAUUUACCAUAAAGCAGUAUUAUAUCAUUGCUGUCACUGUAGCCACUAUCUUGUUGUGGUGUGUGGAAAGUCAGAUUGAAGGUGCCUUUGGGUCAUCAGGUCAAAUUGCCAUUAUCCCCAUCGUUCUGUUUUUUGGUACUGGAUUACUAUCAACACAAGAUUUAAAUGCCUUCCCAUGGUCAAUUGUUAUUCUAGCAAUGGGAGGUAUCGCCUUAGGGAAGGCCGUUUCAUCGUCCGGUUUGCUGUCAACUAUUGCAAAAGCAUUACAAAAGAAAAUUGAGAAUGAUGGGGUUUUUGCCAUUUUAUGUAUUUUCGGUAUCCUGAUGUUGGUUGUGGGUACUUUUGUCUCUCAUACAGUGUCUGCGAUUAUCAUCAUUCCCUUAGUCCAAGAGGUUGGUGAUAAGCUUGACAAUCCCAAAGCUGCCCCUAUCCUUGUUUUUGGCUGUGCAUUAUUGUCAUCCUGUGGUAUGGGAUUAGCAUCAUCCGGGUUCCCUAAUGUCACUGCCAUUUCUAAAGUAGAUAGAAAGGGGGAUCGCUAUUUAAGUGUAAUGACGUUUUUGACGAGGGGUGUUCCAGCUUCUAUUUUGGCUUUCCUAUGUGUCAUUACUCUAGGUUAUGGUAUCAUGGCAUCCGUCGUCAAGGGUAAUGCUACCUCCGCGUAA